AUGAGGAAAGCUCUUGUGGUAUUAUUUUGCGCCUGCGCUGUCGCAAACGCACAGUUUACGGAAUCAGGACUACACUUAUCGGCUUUUGAAGAAAGUUUGGAUAAUUUAGCGGAUCCUGGACUUGGGGCGGCAAGUUUUAGUGAAGUAAACGACAUUGGUGAAGGUGAUACCAGGACAGCGGGCCUCGUAGAUUUGAACGAACGUAGAUUUAACAGGCCCGGGGGUAGAACCUAUAAUGAUGAUAGCGAAGUUAUAACUGGUGUUACUGAUUCAUACAAUUCGGACCGAUACGAAUCCGCUCCAAGGCCAAUUAAUAUGAAAUGCAUAGAGAAAAACGAUCGGUACCCAGUACCUGGGAGUUGUGACAGAUAUAUUGAAUGUUUGAACGGAACAGCGGAAGAAAAGGUCUGCCCUGACGGACUGCGCUACAACCCAAAUGUCAAGUUCAAUGUAUACCCCUGCCAGUACCCGAGCGAAGUGCCAUGCCUCGAACGUUCAUCGCUGCAACCUCCACAACCAACAGCAGACUGUCCCCAUCAGUUUGGUUACUUCAAGCUUGGUGAUGAGAAGAACUGCAGCUUCUUCAGGAACUGUGUGAAUGGAGUAGGAUACGACUUUUCUUGUCCCGAGGGUCUCGCUUUUAGUUCAGACGUGUACAGAUGCGAAUGGCCCGAUCAAGUAGCAGACUGUGACGCCGAAGCUUUCCUCGGCUUCAAAUGUCCUGAAGUACCAACCACGAAAGAGCUGGGUCCUCCUGCUGGAUAUAGAUUCUACAGAUCGGCGACUAACUGCCAGAAGUAUUUCAUUUGCAUCGACGGAAAACCUCGCGGCUUAGGUUGCGGCGGUCAUUCCGCAUUCGACGAACUAACUUCAUCCUGCGUGUCUGCUGACGAAGUCGAUGCUUGUCCUGCAGAGCUGAAAAGAGCUGCCGCUCGCUCUAGAGAAGCAGAAACGCAGCGUCUGACUGAUGCGGAAUUAGUUAACGAAAAACUGCUACGAAGCCAACCACUUAUCAGCACCGGAACGCCACCACCUUAUCAGAAAACUAAGAACACAGCAACAAAUUCACGGAAAGUACAAUACACUACAGUAACUGUAACGCCUGAAUAUUACGACGAAUAUGUGACUCCAACCACUCGUGAACCCGCACGAGGCAAACGAAGGUACUGA